UUCUACCCUCUAAAAUUAUACCAUGUUUUUUUCUACCAUGCACUGGAAGAUGGGAACUAAGAACAAAAAAAUGAAACGGCUGAAUUUAGUUCCGAUAGUCCCAGUCAUUGAACCGUUCCUCUGAACUAUACUGCUCUUGUGUUUUUCAUUCUGAAACUUUUCAACAACAUUCCAUUCCAUCCAAAAAACAAUGGAUAAAGACUCGGAUAGCACGGUCACAUCGCUGGACGAGAACACCGAGAAUUUUUGCAGUAAUCAAACGCGAGAUAUUCUAGCAGAAGGUUUAAAUCAUUUCAAACCUGUUGUGGAGAAAUUGGAUGAACGUAUACAGGCUACAAGGCAGGCUCAACAAGAACUAAAGACACUUGAUAGUUUGUCAGCCCAAUUGAGGGAUAUUGAGAAAGCUCAACAUAAUAUUCCUGAGUUUUCCGAUAAAGUUAAGGAAUUGAUAAACGUUAAACACAAAGUGACGGUCAUUGCGAAUAUUCUUAUCAGUAGUCAGGAGCGUUUGGCAGGUCUGCACAAACUAAUAGAAAGGAGCAAAGGAGAACAAGCUCUCCUGGAUUCAGCCAUAAGUACAAAUAUUUCCUAG